GGCGCGUCAGAUCGGCAGUCCCUGAGGUGUCCCGCUCCGCGCCCUCUCGCCUCCUCCUGCCGUCUCCUCGCCGCGUCGCCGCCUCCGCCGCCGCCGCCAUGAACAAGUACUUCCCCGGGCUGGGCCGCGUGGAGUACCGCCCCGACGCGGGCCCCGAAGAGACGCUGGUGUUCCGCCACUACAAUGCCAGCGAGACCGUGCACGGGCGCCCCAUGGAGGAGUGGCUGCGCUUCUCCGUGUGCUACUUCAACACCUUCAGGUACCUGGGGCAGGAGGGCCACUUCGGGGACUCCACCCACCAGUACCCCUUCGAGGAGGGGCCGCACUCCUUCGACAAGUACAAGCGGCGCCUCGUGGCGGCCUUCGAGUUCUUCCACAAGCUGGGCGUCAAGUACUACUCGGUGAGUGACCGGGACCUGGCCCCCGAGGGCGACAACUUUGACGACACUGGGUCGCACCUGGAGGAGGCCGUGUCGCUCGCCGCGGACCUGCAGAAGCAGACUGGCGUGCGCCCGCUGUACUUCGGCUGCGACCUGUUCUCGCACCCGCGCUACAUGCACGGCGCCGCCGCCAACCCCGACGCCCACGUGUUCGCGUACGCGUGCGCGCAGGUGAAGCGCGGCCUGGAGGCGGCGAAGCGCCUGGGUGCCGAGAACUUCGUGUUCUUCCACCCCCGCGACGGGUACGAGAGCCUCCUGCAGCGCCAGCCUCUGCGCGACGCCUCGCACCUGGCGCAGCUGUACCGCAUGGCCGCCGCCUACCGCGAAAAGCUGGGCUACAAGGGCCAGCUGCUGGUGCAGCCGCGCGGGCCGCGCCGCCACCAGUACGAGGCUGACGCCGCCGCCACCAUGCACCUGCUGCGCCACUUCGGGCUGGACAAGCAGUACAAGCUGAACAUCCGCCCCGCGUCCGCGCGCAUGCAGGGGCGCGACGCAGACCACGACGUGCAGAUGGCGGCCGCCUACAACAUGCUGGGCUCCGUCGAGGCCGCCGACGCCUUCCCCGCGCCCGACGGCGCCGCCUCAGACCUCUGCUCCUACGACGUGCGCGACGCCACGCUCGUCAUGAAGUGCGUGCUGGAGAUGGGCGGCCUGGGCCAGGGCGGCGUGACGCUGGGCGGACGCCUGCGCCGCGGCUCCGUGGAGCCCAAGGACCUGUUCGAGGGCCACGUGCUGGCCAUGGACACCUUCGCCCGCGCCCUCAGGAACGCCGCCAGACUCAUCUCAGAGGGCGUGUUCUCCCGCAGCCUGCAGCAGCGCUACUCUUCGUACAAGAGCGGGCUGGGUGAGCGCAUCGAGAAGGGCGCGGCCACGCUGGAGGAGUGUGAGGAGUACGUGCGUAAGUGUGGCGAGCCGCAGACCACGUCCGGCAGGCACGAACACUUCCAGGCCGUCUUCAACCACUACGUCUUCCCGCACCGACAGUAGGCAUGCACGCCCCGCACACACCAACACCACCACACACCAACACCACCACCACACACCACCACCAUCAUAACACCACACACCACCACACACCAAAACAACACCACACCUUCCAGGCUGUGUUCAAUCCGCCGCGCCAGUACAGUGCCAACACACACACACACACACACACACACACACACACACACACACACACACACACCACCACCACCAUACACCCUCCCUCACUGUUUCAGAGUUCUUUGGGGGGGAGGGUUGGGGUUUAGGGAAAGGCACACCCCACUCCCCCCCUCUCCUGCACUGGGGGGUUGAGAGGAGGUAACACUGCCCCACCCACCACCACCUUUAGAGAUGACGGAAAAACAACAACAAUUAAAACAACAACAAUAACAACAAUUAAAACAACAACAAUAACAA